UCGGAGCGGGCGGGUGGAAGGCGGCAGCGGCAGCAGUAGAAGCGGCGAGGGGAGGAGAGAUCUGUGAGGCGCUGCUCUGGUUCAGAGCGGGGCCUGAUCGCUGGGUGAUUGCGGCCGGCUGGCCGGUGCCGCUCGUUGUCGGUCCGUUUGAACUCGGGAGGCGGGUGAUCUUCCCUCCCUAUCUCUCUGUCUGUCUCUCUCUGUCUGUCUCUCUCUCUCUCUCUCUCCCUCCCCCGGCCGGGGCCUCUAAGAUGGCGGCCGGCGUGGAGUCACAGGCCGGCCCGAAGCGGCAGCUCGCCGAGGUGGUGGAGCAGUACCGCGGCCUUUCCGAGAGCGACAAGCACUGGCGGAUCCGCAGGCAGUUCAUCGUCCGCCAUAUCCAGGAUUACCCGGACAACAGGACGGAGCAGCUGCUCGCCCUCUCCAUGGUCUGGACCAACCAUGUUUUCCUGGGUUGUAGAUACAGCCCAGACCUUUUAGAAAAGGUCUUUCGAAUGGCAGAAGGUAUUGAUGUUGGUGACAUAGGAUCAUGUGAGUUAGUUCCCGGCAGCACAACGAACAAAAGAUCCAAUUCUGACAAUGGUGAAAAUCCAACAGCAAAGCGGAAACCUCCUUUAUUCCGCCCUAGAUUUCGAUUUGAGCCAGUUGCAUUUGUUAGUAGCAGCACCAAGGAGGAGGAUGAAGUGAAGAAAAAGCCAAGUCAAUCAGAGAAGCCGCGAAGGUGGGCAGAUUUGGAUGAAGAUAAUUCAAGUUGUUUGAUUAAAACUGAGGAGAAAUCGGUGAAAGCAGAACCUCAGCCCAACUCAAAUGUGAACAAAUCUAACAAAAAUUCAAAUGGUCCACUGGUUCCUGCCUCUUCUCAGAAUUCUAGCACAUUUGAUUAUGACUCCUUGUAUAAAACCAUCUUCACAGAUGGAGAGCAAGCCAAAAGUGGAAACUGCGUUAAUGGGAUAAGCUGUUUAAGCACUUACAUGUCUAAAAUACAGCAGAACUAUUCUGCAAAGUAUGAGGCUUAUCAUUCCAACCCAUCAGAUCUUUAUCCAACAAUGAGGGGACCGGAUUUUUCUAAGACCCCAGUUGCCAAUAAACAGGGCUACAAGGGCCUGGGCUUCACACAGACCAAACGGUCGAAGAGUAGAAAAUCUUCCAAGAAAAAUGCCAGUAAGUCAGUACUCCCGGAACCUUUGUCAAGCAAGGCUUCUCCAUCUGGUGGGUUUUCUCCAUCUGCAAUAAAGAGCCGACAGACUUUCUUUAAUAUGCUCCAGAUAUCUGUGUCAAGAAAGCUUAGUUCUAUUGGAGGCUUCAGUAACCAGCUGAACCAUAGUGAUGUACUAAGUAGCUGUAUUCAGACAUGUAAAACAAACCCUCAGUAUUUCUACGUAUCGCUAAAGGAGAUCCCUCCAGCUGAUGUACCAAAGAACAAGAAAGUCUUGACGGAUGGCUAUGCCUGUGAGUUGAGGUGUCAGGGGGUUUACUUGGCUACAGGUUAUGCUGGCAGCAAAAUUGGAGCUCGCGAUAGGGCCUCUGAGCAAGCCUUAAAGUUGUUCCUUAAAGAUGUGGUGGUUGAGGUUGUGAAGCGCAAGUGUAAAAGCAAUUGUAUUGACGACUUAAUACUGUGUGAAAAAAACACCCCUCGAAAUGACAUUCCACCUGCUCUCAAAAAACCAGAUGAGAAAAUCCCAAGCAAAGAUACUAAAGAUAAAGAUACAGCCAAUAAAGGAAAUGAAACAACGAAACAGAGCAGUCGACAUUCAAAGGAACUCAAAAAGAAGCACUGGAUGGAUUUUGUCAUUUUGGAGACUGCAAAAAAUGCUGUCUGCAUUCUGAACAAUUCUGCUCAAUUCAACAGAAUGACCGUGGAUUACAAGUUUCAGCUGACACCCAGUCAGGUCUGGCAUUGCCGUGUUUUUGUCGAAGACCAUUUUAUUGCUGAGGCUUAUGGAACCAAGAAGUUGGUGAAGCACACAGCAGCAGAAAAAGCUUUGAAUAUACUGAGGGAAACGCAACCAGUUGUAAAAUCAAGCAAGCCCGGAAAUACUGAUGCAGCCAUCUCUCGAAAUGCAAUUCUCGGACGAUCGGCAGAGGAAGCUCUUAAACAAAAGAUCACAGAGGACAACAUUGGCAAUCAGCUUUUACGGAAAAUGGGUUGGAAGGGGGGUGGUUUAGGGAAAGAAGGUGAGGGUAUUGCAGAGCCAAUCAUGGUAAAAGAACAGUUCAAGAGGGAGGGCCUGGGUUUGGAGAUGAGCAAGAGUGGUUCUAAAUUAAACAAGCGAGAUAUAGAAGAUCUUAUCAAAAACUAUGCCCGCUCAGACAAGCAGGAAGAGCUGACCUUUUCCAAAGAGCUGACAAACGACGAGCGAAUGCAAAUUCAUCAGAUGGCUGCAAAAUAUGGCCUCAAGAGUAAAUCGUAUGGAAAAGGAAAGGAGCGCUAUUUGGUUGUGAGCAGAAAAGUCCGUGUAGAUGAUAUUAUGAACCAGCUUGCACAGGAAGGACAGGUUGGCCGAUUUGAAUUGGUCGUGCCAGGUUCUUCAAAUUGAUGCAGAACUCCGCCCAAUUUUCCCUUUUUAUUUAUGUGCAGUUUUCUUCAGAAGCGAGACUUUUUCCCCGGUAACCUGAAUUCAGUUAUUGUAAAUGGUUUCUCAAUUGCAAUAGAAGUUUAUUUACAUCUAUUAUUUACAGUUUUCAAAUUGUCAUCAGUGAGGUAGAUGUUCAAAGCAAGGCAUCCAAAAUGAACUGUCUCAGUAUUUCUGCAUCACCUUUUUCCUUGUAUAAAGAUAACUGUCUGUGUUAUUUACAAAAAAUGGUAAUAAACUGCCACUGUUGAAAUUA